AUGGGAAGAGACGGCCAUCUUGGAUGAGCGCUGGACGACGGCGAUCUGUAACAGUUGAGCUAAUGUUAGCUUCCUUCCGACUUGAGCGCCCGUAAUCCCCCUCCCAGUACUAUGUCCUUUGAACGCUACAUUCCAGCGAUAGUCUUUAUUUGAGUGGGUACGAUGGGGGAAAGCGGGCGUUUAACAGGAUAAAUUGCGAGAGGUCGACGGCGGCGCGUCUCCUCUGUUGUGUCUAUAUGCUUUACAUUUCUGGAUAAAGGAGUGACUAUGAAUGGAGGAUAAAUGUUGCCAAAGGCUGACCGCAGCAGUUUCGUCCUCUUCUCUCUGCUCUUUGGCCUCACAUUAGCGGACCCACCACGGCCAGAGCAACGCUGCAGUCCCGGGCAGUUUGCCUGCCGCAGCGGGAAGAUGCAGUGUAUCCCCAUGUCGUGGCAGUGUGACGGCUGGACGGCGUGUGAGGACCAGAGCGACGAGACGGACUGCCCCCCGAUAAAGGAAGAACGGUUUCGUUUCGGCCAAGGUUAUGACCAGGAUGAGGACGUCAUGGGCGUGGCUCAGCCUGUGCGCUUCAACAAGAAAUGCCCCAGCGGGUGGCACCACUACGAGAAGACGGCGAGCUGCUACAAAGUGUACCAGCGCAACGAGGACUACUGGCAGGCCGUGGACACGUGUCAGAAAGUCAACGGCUCGCUGGCCACCUUUGUCACCGACGAGGAGCUGCAGUUCAUCCUGAAGAUCGAGGUGGACUUUGAAGACCAAGAGUGCGAGCGCAGAGACCAGUGCAAGUUCUGGGUAGGAUACCAGUAUGUGAUCACCAAUCAGAACCACUCCCUGAAGGGCCGCUGGGAGGUUGCUUAUAAAGGGCCCAUGCAGGUGUUUCUGCCACCCGAGGGUCUCGCCAAUUUGGGCGAAGCAUCCCUCAGCCAGGACAACGUCUUCUGCGCCCAGCUCCAGCGAUUCCAGCUUAAAGGCAUGAACGAGCGAGGCCUGCACAGCUGGCACGCCGAGAACUGCAACAAGCAGUUCCCCUUCCUCUGCAAGCGCAGACAAACCUGCGUGGACAUCAAAGACAACGUGGUGAACGAGGGCUACUACUUCACGCCAAAGGGCGACGACCCGUGCCUGAGCUGCACGUGUCACGACGGCGAGCCCGAGAUGUGCGUGGCAGCGCUGUGCGAGCGGCCGCAGGGGUGCCAGCACUUCCGCAAGGACCCUAAAGAGUGCUGCAAGUUCACCUGCCUGGAUCCAGAUGGAAACAGUCUGUUUGACUCCAUGGCAAGCGGGAUGAGACUGAUUGUCAGCUGCAUCUCGUCCUUCCUCAUCCUCUCACUGCUCCUCUUCAUGGUGCACAGGCUGAGACAGCGGCGGCGAGAACGUAUCGAAACGCUCAUCGGAGGAAACUUGCACCACUUCAACCUUGGAAGACGCGUCCCGGGUUUCGACUACGGCCCGGACGUCUUCGGGACCGGCCUCACUCCCCUGCAUCUGUCCGACGACGGCGAGGGUGGCGCUUUCCACUUCCAGGAGCCUCCCCCGCCAUACGUGGCCUACAAAUAUCCCGACAUCCAGCACCCGGACGACCCCCCUCCUCCGUACGAGGCCUCCAUCAACCCCGACAGCCUCCUUUACGUGGACCUCGGACACGGCGGCAUCGCCAUGAUACCAAGCCACAUGACCGGCAUGGUGGACGGACUCCAGGUCGCCGACGUGCCCGACGCCCCUGUAAACGUCCCCGUGCCGCACCCGCUGCCGCCGUUGACCCAGGAGAGGGAGGACUCCGUCGACAGCAGCACCCUCCUGGUUGGGCCCGACACCCCGACGGAUGGCCACGCCCCCGCGGCGCCAGACUGCGCCACGUCCCUCAGCACAGUAGUAUAAGACUACAGGGGAGUUGUACAGACAUAUCAGAGCAGAGAGGACUGUUUGUGUACAGAACACUCAUGGAAGGCUGCUUUUAUACUGAUCGCUCCAGAGGCCCACGUGUAAAUACGUCAUCCGGGGCUGCGGUGGCGUGUCUUUUUUCCCCCAUCAUGCUUUAGUUUUUGAGCGACGUCUCGCUUUCCUCCUGGACUGCUGCGUGUGCGGCCGUGUCGCCACACAAAAGGGUUUGACGGUGUUUUCUUCUCGCGCACACACAGGUAGUGACGUUGUUAAUGUGGUACCAGGCUUAGUUUUCUUUGCUUAGAACAGUGGUUCUUAACCUUGGUGGAGGUACCGAACUCUACCAGUUUCAUAUGCGCAUUCACCCAACCCUUCUUUAGUGGAAAUGUAUUUUAUUUUUGGAAUUCAAGACAAAGUUACAUGUUUUUGGUGACACUUUAGUAUGGGGAACAUAUUCUAAGUAACAAAGACUUAAUUUAGAGUUAUUUGGACACUAGGGUAACAUAUUCUAGGUAACAAAGACUUAAUUUAGAGUUAUUUGGACACUAGGGUAACAUUCUAAGUAACAAAGACUUAAUUUAGAGUUAUUUGGACACUAGGGUAACAUAUUCUAAGUAACAGAUACUUAAUUUAGAUUUAUUUGGACACUAGGGUAACAUAUUCUAAGUAACAAAGACUUAAUUUAGAGUUAUUUGGACACUAGGGGAACAUUCUAAGUAACAAAGACUUAAUUUAGAGUUAUUUGGACACUAGGGUAACAUAUUCUAAGUAACAGAUACUUAAUUUAGAUUUAUUUGGACACUAGGGUAACAUAUUCUAAGUAACAAAGACUUAAUUUAGAGUUAUUUGGACACUAGGGGAACAUAUUCUAAGUAACAAAGACUUAAUUUAGAGUUAUUUGGACACUAGGGUAACAUAUUCUAAGUAACAAAGACUUAAUUUAGAGUUAUUUGGACACUAGGGUAACAUAUUCUAGGUAACAAAGACUUAAUUUAGAGUUAUUUGGACACUAGGGUAACAUAUUCUAGGUAACAAAGACUUAAUAUAGAGUUAUUUGGACACUAGGGGAACAUAUUCUAAGUAACAAAGACUU